CACACAACAUAUCCAGCUACUUAGCAACAUACUCUGCUACAGUACUGCUAGCUAGCUAGACGAUCGAGAACAGCCAAGCUGAUCGAGAGGCUCAGCGCUAACUAGCUUAGCCCUGCUGCAUGGAGGAUGACAAGAAGGAGGGCAAGUACCGCGGCGUCCGGAAGCGGCCGUGGGGCAAGUUCGCGGCGGAGAUCCGUGACCCGGAGCGCGGCGGCUCCCGCGUCUGGCUCGGCACCUUCGACACCGCCGAGGAGGCCGCGCGGGCCUACGACCGCGCCGCAUUCGCCAUGAAGGGCGCCACGGCCGUGCUCAACUUCCCCGCCGGGGCCGCCUCCAUGAGCAGCGGCUCCUCCUCGUCCUCCACGUCGGCGCCGGCGUCCGGUGGCGCCAGGGGGAGGACCCGGAUCCCCGACUCGGAGAAGGUGGAGCUGGAGUACCUUGACGACAGGAUCCUGGAGGAGCUGCUCGCAUCGGAGGACAAGUACAAUAAGAACUACUGAUAAGAGACUAUACGCGUACACAUAUAGCUAAUACAUACACUUGUUGUGUGCUCGCUGUGCUGCUUCCAGUAAAGGAGACAAGUAAUACUACGGAGGAUAGCCUCUGUUCUUUUCCGGUGCCUGGAGCAUGCACGUGUACACUUAACAGCUCACACGUCAUUGUUCCGCAAGCUAAAGCUCAUGCAGCGUGCUUUGUCGCCAUGGAAUAGAGGCGGAAGUGGGCGAUGCAUGCAUUUGGUUCAGCGCGGACCAGUACGUCAGCACCACUAUACCCAUGCUUGUAUACACAUAUAGUACAGAUGCUACGGUAUUAAUUAUAUUUAAACAUAAA